UUCUUUUUUUGGUGAUGUGUUGCAUCAUCAUGUUGGAACAGACAGAUAACAAUUCAUCCCAUUCCCCACAGUAUACAUAGUCAUUUUUAAAGGUGGAUUCGUUCAAUAAUCUUAGACCUCUAGGUGCAAGAUUCUCAUUCAGGAGGGAUGCAGCCGGUCUCACCCUCUCGCCUUCACACGCCCUGUGGACUGUGAGCAUCUAUUAUCGUAUAUUAUCGCUGCGUUAUAAACCUCAUUUUACAAAAGACGGAUAAUCCUGUUUUAUGUGGCUUGAAGUUCUGCGCUGAGGAUCGUCCCCGUUGUCGCCGUCAGCAUCGCCACUAAUGACACGUUGUCCUCCGUGACGGCUCAUUCAGGGAGCAGCAAUGGAUCUGAGGAACCUGAGUGAGUGCACAGUGCCCAUCCUGCUGUGGGGAGGACGGUGGUGCGUACAUUGUAUUAUAAGACGCCGCCGACCGCUCAUCGCUGCCCUCUCACUCGCCCUUUCCUGCACCCUCUCUCUCCUGGCCUGGCUUAUAGUGGAAGGAGAGCCAAUAUGGGAGCUCCCCGACCUCCAGGACCCCUUCCCGGCUAACCUCAGUGCUCCUCCAUCGCUCCGGCGUUCUGUUACUUUGUACGACACAAACUUUAGCUUUUUCCUGGACCUGCCUGAAUACAAUAAACAUUACCCGGCUCUUCAGAACUACAGGUGCCGAGCCAUUAUUGGGUUAUUGGGGUACUGCCGCGUGCCGGGGCCCCUCAUUCUGAUGGCCAUCAAGUCCCACGCCUCGGCCAAGAAGCGCAGAGACGCCCUCCGGAACACCUGGGCCAAAGAGCGGAGAAUUAACGGCUUCACCUUCAAGCCUGUGUUUUUAAUGGCAAAUUCCAGAAAGAAGAAGGAGAUGAUCCGGCUGAUAAAGGAGGCGUCGGUUUUCGGGGACAUACUUCUGUGGGAUUUCUUCGAGAGCCACCACAACUUAUCCUUGAAAGAAAGGUGUUUCCUCGAGUGGUUGUAUUAUCGGUGUCAGGAGGCGAAUUACAUCUUCAAAGGCGAUGACGAUGAGUUUGUUAACCCACAAGCACUGGCAGAAUACAUUUCCACCUCUGAUUCAGCAAAUCGACUUAAGAUCCACGGGCAACUACAAGUUCACCCACCUCCUGAUCGUUGGGGAAAGUAUGCUGUUCCACUGUCUGUCUAUCCUCACAUGUACUACCCUCCAUUUGUGUCUGGUGGGGGCUUCCUUGUCCCUGGAGAGUUGGUUCCCUCUCUGCACUGGGCUGCAACCACCAUCCCUGUCUUCCCUCUGGAUGACGUCUUCAUUGGAUUUCUUGCACUGGCUACCAAGGUCCAAUUUCACCAUGAUUCACGAUUCUUUUCCUUCGGUCUAAAGAAUGAUGACGACUGUCACUAUCGCGAUGUCCUGGUGGUCCAUGGUCUGACACCACAACGAAUGCUUGAAGUAUGGGAAGCCCUGCCAUAUGUCAAAUCCUGUCCACCAGAAAAGGACUAGAGGGAAGAGUCACUGACUAAAUCUACCUCUCCCACUACCUCUGACCAUGUCAUCUGCAACCCUGCAAUGUCAGCCUGAAAAUGGAGGAGCUGUCGGUAUCACCCUGAAGGAGAAGGGGCAGGCUCAUAGCUC